UCAUAUUGUGAAAGAGAAUGAAGAGAGACUCCCUAUUGAUCUUGUGCUCCAUUAUUCUCUUCUCAUCCUUUUGCUCAAAUGUAGAUGGUCGUUUAGGCUGUGGAGAUAAUAUGCUUGGUUGUUUCUAUCAAGAGGGAGCUCGACCAGAGAAUGCAGAUAUUUAUGGUUUCAAUGGUAAUGGAGAUGUAGCGAGAGAUUUGAGGAUGGUACCUUCGGGUCCGGACCCUUUGCAUCACCAUGGAAGCCCAAAGAAGCCCAGAAAUGGCCCAUGAGCGUCCUCAACUAGCAAAUAUCUUUAUCCUUUUUUCAAGCAAUGGCCCGUAUUGCUUCUACAGCU